AUUGUUUUGUUUAACAAUACUCAUCAAAUAUGUACCAUCGUAUUUAGGAUUUAAGAUUCAUUAUUAUCUCUAGUGGUUUAUAAAAUAAUAGAUAAUAUUUGUAGAUUAUUAUACAAAUAUUGAAAAAGUGUUACUGCUUUCUGAGCUGUAUGGUUGUGUUGUGAAGCUGUUAUUAUCAUUCUGAACAAUGUCAUCAGCACAAAUUUCAUAGCGAAGUGAGCUAUUGGGAUUACUACACAGCUUAUUCUAUCAAAUUGUGUGGAAUUUGGUUGGUUGUUGUUGUGUAGAUUAGUCAAUUAGUGUCAGUUGUUUCGUCGACCAAUUUGAUAAUCAUUAUCAUAAUAUUGUUUAACCGGUUUUAAGCACUUGAUUUUCUACUACUGUUUGAUUUGUGUAAUGAAUUCCGAAGUAUUUUAUUUGGUUUAAGGAGGAUUGUAGUAAUAAUAUUGAUAGACUGCAUACAGCAAUUUUUGUUUAUAAACUUAUACUUCUCUUAGUAAUCGACUUUGAGUAUUCCACAUAUUCCUUAUAUAUCUAUCUUUUCUUGUGUACAUCUCACUAAACUAAUUUUGUUCUUUGAGACACUUUAGUUUCACAAUAAUCCCUUUUUUGCUUGAUUCUCUCAUCAGGACAUUUGUUCAUUUAUCUUUUAUUAAGGUUAGUCAUCAUCCACCUGGUUGCAGUCAGUAUUGUGAAUCAUUACGACAUAAAUGGAAAGUUUGGCAAGAUUAUUUUUUGUCAACAAAAUUUCGUGGCAAAUAUUUAUCCAUCAGUCCUAAAGGUAAUUUUUCACAUCUCUAUAUUUUCUUGUUCAUUUUUGAGACUGAUAAGCUCAUUGAUAAUUGUUCAUCAACAUAAUGAUUUCCUACAGUUAUUCUCUAUUCAUAAGACUUGAAUAAUACACAGUUUUUGGAAUAUCAAUUUCUAAUGGUUUGUUUCAUGUUGUUAACUGCCCCCAAAUGCCCUGGUACGGCCGAGAGUGGGGAGGGUCCGCUUUUCCUCUCGAAGUGCUCUCACAUGGACACACCUAUAAAGCCUCUGCCAGGGAAGUCCUACUCACUGCCUUCUCGUGGCGGGGCUGUUGUUUACGAAAUUGAGAGGACGAAAAGCGAAUGUCCGGAGCUUUAACCGGGUUAGUGGACAUAGGCUCCAGGGUUCUUAGGGAACAAAUGGCGUAUGAACCAAUUUUUGGUCACCGGCUUCUAUGGGACUGCAUUUCCUUACGAUGCUCCUCCACUGCCUUGUGAAUCAGACCUUCAGGUCGAAGGUUCUGGGUGCGGCCCCUUACGAAAACCACCUACCUUGAUUUGGUCACCCGAGCAGUAUCACGAUCCUCACACAAAUCAAAUGAGAUUUUUGUGGCGCAUAUGUAUUGGUGUCUCUUUGUACCAAUAUAUAUGUGUUCAAAUAAAUUAAUAUUUGUUGUCAACUGUCAGUUUUAACUAUUUCAGAGAUCAUAUUUAAAAACUGUUCAGUUUCUUUCAUUGAUAGCUUUUAUGGUCAACAGUCACAGACCUCCUGGAUCCAUGUUGUAUAUUUAGUGUUUACAAGCUGGACAAAAAACAUUCCAGCUUUAAAUUUUCAGAUUGUACUAGGCCUACUUGGAAUAAACGGUACGUCUUACACAGCGUGUUUAGAAAAAAUGCCUUACUCAAAAACUUUGGCUUGAUCAUUUGGAGAUCUAUAUUAACAAGAAUGGUUGGUUGAUUUAUGUUUGUAUAAAAAGUACGAAUAUUAUUUUCAGAAUGAUAUUAGUAAUGAUAGUUGGUACCUGAUAUUAACACAUGAUUGAAUAUACGAGUCUUUAUAUUUGUUACUUGUCGACCGUUUUUUAGUCAUUGCAAGUUUUUCACCAUUAAUCGUUGAAUGAAUAUUAAAUAUCCUUUCUUCCUCCGUAAACAUUCACAGAUAAAAAGUGAUUCUUACUAGGCAUUUAGUAUUUCUUCAAUAACUUCAUUGUUUCCUUUUUUCAUCCCACGUAUUUGAUUUUUCUGCAUUCUUCGCUUUUCGGAUGUUAACAAUCUAAACUCACAACAAACACCCAUAACGUAUGUAGAGGGAACAGGUAAAGAAAAAAUAGCACAUACUAGUUUUUUUCUCGUCACUUUUUCCUCUCUUGUUGUUAUUAUGUAUUUUUGGUGUGUGCACUUUCAAUCUGUUUGUAUAGUUGCUCAUGCACUGUAUAUUUUGUGUUCUGUUCAUUUGCAAACAUUUUUUACUCGCUAAUACUUUUAAGACUCAAUUAUAUUGAUUAAGUGCUCUUCAGACAUAGAUAAGACUGGUCAAACUCUCAACUGAGAUUGUUUUUUUCCGGCGGUAGUGAUGGCGUUCCUAGACCUCAACUAGGACGAGACAGUAAAUCUUGGUUUACUAGAAAGUAAGCGAUUUACAAACCUGAUAUCCUUCAAUCGUUUAUAACAUUUUAUUACGUUAUUUUUUGUUAAUAAUUUAUGUAUAAACAUGUUACUUAGUUAGAUAUUAAAUUUCUAUUUUUCUGACUAGUAUUCUUGUUUUCGAUCUAAGUUUAUUUACGAGGUUUGUGUCAAUAUUCAGUCUCAUAAGCAGCCAUUACUCAAUCACCUUGUAUUAUUACACCAUGUUAUCUACCGGUAUGCGUUAUUCUUCAAAUCAUAGUUCAUAACAUAGAGUUUACCCCGAGAGCGAUACGACUGAAUACGUCUAAUUUCAAGGAGCGCAAGAUCAUUCAGUAAUCCCAGUUUUUAAGUCAAAAUCCUACUACUCUGUAAAUGUGUUUAGCUACGAUUAAUUACUUAAUCGAUAACGCUAGCUUUUAGACUGAUGAUUUAAAAUAUUAGGAAGAAGUUACUUUGACAUGUAUCACACUUCUUUAUGAUCUGGGAAAUCUUGUUACUUUUCGAAACACGUUCCUUACUCUAUAAGAAUAGUUAUUCCCUAAAUAUCUCGAAUAAGCCUAAACGAAUGUCAGUUCUGUCUUCAUGUUAUGCUUCAAGUAAUCAACUAAUUGCAUACUUUCAACCAAUGUUCCAGAUUUCCAUUAUCUAACUACCAUGAUUUUACUUAGUUUUUCUCAUUUAGUCAUAUUCAUGAUUUAUCUGGCUCUCAAAAAUAUGGACAGAAUUCUCAUCCCUAAUUUCAGAAAGUUUAUUACUUAUUACUUAAAGUUUAAUCAGUUCCAUUCAUUUUUUCCGUAUUUUUAUACAACCUCUUUGUUGUUUCUGAUGCGGAAUCAAAUCAUCGUUUACUUAACAUCUGUCUCCCCCUCAUAUUAGUUCAUUUUUUACACGCGCGGUUAUCUCUAAUGCCAGUAUCUUUCAAGUAUUUAGACCGUUUAUUAAAACUUGUUUUUGGACCUCACUUGUACAUACCCUUUUCUUUUCAAUAAUGACUAUCAGACUAUUUUUUUAUAUGCAUAGAAUUAUAAAAUGUCACUACUGAUAUGUAAAAUAUGGUAAACAUCUGCCACUUUCAGCCAACAAAUUCCCAUUCUCAAUAGAUUUAUUAUAUAGCAGACCAAUAUUGACUAUAAUAUAAACAUGGAAAUCAGAGUGAACACGCACAAACACACGCAGCACUGGAUAGCGAAUCAGACUGUUCUACACAGAUAAUUCUUUAUUCCAUGUGUUUGAUUAAAUUGUUUAUUCAUGCUGUAUAUUUUAUAACUUCUAAAAUACUUUGAUUUAUUUUUGUGUAAGUUGUGGUAACUGAAUAUACUUUUUUCCUCAUUGGACAUUUUUGUGCAACUGGUUAAUAUUCAGUCUUAUCCACAUUUCGAUAGUUCAGCAUUUUUUACUUUGUAUUUUUGUAUUCUACGUUCUGACUUAUUCCCUUAAAGUUCCCAUUCAUAAUAUGUCAGAAUAAACUCUCUCCUGCAUUCACAACUACUAUCUUUUUGAAUGUAAAGAAAGCAACCUCAGCGUAUUUUGUCAGUUAUAUCAUGAGUACAAGUUGCUUUGCUAUGAAACAUCAUCUAUCCAUCCAGUUAUUUGAACUACUUUGAAAAUAUUUCCUAAAUCAGUGCUCCUUUCAGCUAAUUUAAAUAUUUCCGUUUUUUAGUGACUGUUUUUCUUCGUUUAAAUCACAAAAUAAUUUUAUCUAGACUACCAAUAAUAAGCUGGAAGCAUUGGCUGGCCUCAGUAAUGCGCAUCCACGACCUCGCAAAGAGGAAUCAAACCCAGGACCUUCGGUCUAGUAUACUUUCGCUUAACCUCCAGACCACUGAACCGGGUUCGUAUGUUUAAUUGUAUUUCUGUCAAAUAUAGGGUAUCCCGAAAUACUUCGAUUUUUUGACUAAACUUCGUAGGCAUUGAUUUAAAAAUAUAUCUACGUUGUGCAUGUAUAUUUGAUUUUAAUUGUUAAAUAUUUGUUUUGCUCAUGUGUAUAUUUUCAAUGAUAUGUAUUACAGUUAUUAAAAUGUGAUCUCAUUCAUUUGUUCCUUUUAUCGGAAAGAAAAUAAUUUACUUAAGAUCGAUUUCACGCUUAAUUUUAUUUUCCAGUUUCACUUAACCUGGUUAUCAUUUGACUAAAGCUUGAGAAAAAUCUAGUAUUUACUCAGUUUAUUAUUUUAAACGUAGGCCAGGAAUGUUGCUGUAGUCUACAUAACAUGCUUAUCUGUCGUGGCUAAUCCUCAACAUGACAAUAAAUAACCGCAAAGAUACCUGUGUAAUUUUAACUAAAUGUAAUGUCCUUCAAACUCGAUCAAUAUUUUCGAUGACUUUUACCCUGUUGCUAGUGUCUAGCAUAGUAGGUGCUUUAUGCUCAACGAUUUUCUUCAUUGUCCAUGUUCUCUAUGCCUAGUGUUUACUGUCCCUGAUACUACUACUUUGGUAUUCCUCUUGAUAAUUCCGUCUUGCUGUGCACCGAUACACAUGUGUGCUAGGUUCCAUAUUGCUUGUGAUAGACUGACUGAUUUUAGUUUUGGCAGCUGGGUAGUAUCAACAAAUUGUAUCAGUCUAAUAUUAGAAACACUAUAUAUUUAUUUGAAUUUCGAUCGGGGAAAUGGCACCAAUAUAAACGGUUAAUUAUUUUCUAAAUAUAUCGGUCUCUAAUUGUUGUUUCAUUGUUUACAAGAAGAACACUAAAUUCCAUCAAAAUCAUCCACCUGAGCUAUAAAUCUUCACCACCAAAUUCAUAGAAGUAGUUACUUCAAUGGUAGUAAUAUAUAAAAGAACGAUUUUGUAUAAGGAUAUAGUACAGGAAGAAACAAUUAGAAGGGAGGGUAUAAAGUAUUUUUAAUCUCACAAUUUAAGGGAAGUUAAAGAGUGUAUACGCAUACGCCAUUAUGAUCGAUUCUGAGCCAUGUCACCCAGAGUCUUCAACCAUUGGUUACGAUAGUCGCGCGGACCUCAAUCAAGUAGUUUGCAUCUAUCAACAUGGCUCAGACCAGAAGACCUCAUCAACUGAUUUAGCAUUAAUCCCUAAUACCCUCUGUCUAAUCUCACUAUUACUUACUCGGUGAUCCCAGCAGAUGCGAUCAAUAUUUCUAGGAUAUCCGUGAUCAAAUACUAGUAAAUUACGAAUAUAUAUAUAUAUAUAUAUAUAUAUAUAUAGUGUGUAUGGGAUAGAAGAACUAGGUCAUCUGCAAAGUCCAAAUCAUCUAGUUGCAUCCAACCUGUCCAUUGUAUUCCGUGUUUUCCCUCAGAUGUCGAGGUCUUCAUAAUCCAGUCGAGCACCAGAAGAAAGAGGAAGGGGAAGAGUAAGCAGCUUUAUCUGACUCCGGUCUUUACUCUUAAUGUGUCUGUCAGCUGUCCUCCAUGCACGACUUUGCAGUGUAGUCCGUCGUAUGACUUCCGUAUGAUGUUGACAAUCUUCUCAGGUUCUUCAUAGUGCCGGGGAAAUUUUCAUAGGGUCCUCCUAUACACGCUGUCGAAUACUUUCUCAUAGUCAAGGAUGAUGACGUAUACUGACGAGUUCCAUUCAAUUGAUUGUCCAUCGAUGAUACGUAGUCUUGCGAUCUGGUUUGCAUACUACCGAUCCUUUCGGAAUACGGUCUGUCAAUCUCAAAGUUGGACAUCCACCAAACCGUUUGUUCGACUCAGCAUUACUCUAUUGAAAACCUUUCUUGUUGAAAGCUAUCUAGAAUUAGAUGAGUUUGCCAGUAUCUCGGAAGUAGGCUAUAUUUAAUUUUUGUAGUUCUGUUUCCCUAGUUGUCGACUGGCUCUAGCUUCAGUCUCAUCUUGGCAACCGUCAGGUAGUGAUCUGAAGCAUUUCAGCUCCUCUUCCGGUUCUUACAUCUUUCAUUGACCUUCUGAAUCUUUUGCUGACGCAAAUAUGAUUUAUAUGGUUCUCUGUAGUAUAAUCCGUUGAGAUCCAUGUAGCUUUGUGUAUGCGAUAAUGCGGGAAUAUCGUGCUUCCUAUAACCAUUUUGCUGAAUGCACAUAAGUUUUCAAAUCUCUCCUUAUCCACGUUCUUUUCUACCAGUCCAUGUUAUCCCAUGAUUUCUUCGUACUCGGUGUUGUCCAUUCCUACCUUGAUGUUCAGGUAUCCCAUCAGGACGUUCAGGUUCUUUCCUUGGCACUUCCAUACGAUCUAUUGCAGCCGCUUAUCUUUUUUAUUGCUAUCAUCGGUGAGUGCACAUAACUGGAUAAUAUUCAUUGUGUUCCCCUCCCUUGUUUUGAAGGACGCUUUGAUGGUUCUGUAUCGAUGAGACUCUCAUCCUAUAAGUGCACGUUGUGCUUCUUUGGACAGUAUCAGAGCAACUUUCUGAGUGUACGAAGCAGUUUCUUCGUGACUAGAGUACAGAAGCUUCUCUUCCGAAUUCAUUAUUUUCUGUCGACUUUGGUUCUUAUGGGUUUCUCUUAUUCAUACAACCUCCAAGUUGUAUCUGCCGAUUUCCAUUGCUAUUUAAUUAGUCCUACUAGUCUCCUACAUUGCCUAGAUAUCCCAUGUAUCUAUAUUGAUUUUUGUCAUAGUUGUCAGAAGGGACAUCGGCCUCGUGAAUUCCGAAGGAUCUUGGGUUUCAAAAUGAGGCGUUAUGAUUUUUCUGAAUGAGUAUCCUUCAACUCGAAGAGCAUAGUUUAAAUUGUGUAAUCUGCUUAGCGUUUUUUUAGCAAGCUCGUUUUGUACGGGAUGGUGUUGAUGACCCAAUGUUCAACCCUCCUUAUUUACUCGGAUGUGGGACCUGCAGUGACCCUAGAAGAACUACAGGCGUUGUCAUAUCAUAAAAUUGUUUAAUAUCGUACAUUUUUGUCUGUUAUUUUAACGACUUUUCUUAUCUAUCACGCUUUCUGCUAUAUAGUAGUGUUGUCCACUUAGUGAUUUUGCUGUUGAGUGGGACUUCUACUGGUUCAUAUUGUCCCGUCCAAAGAAAUAAAUUCUGUGUUUUCUUUUAGUUAUCUCGACACAGUAGGUUUGGAAUAUCUUCUAUUAUAGAUUAUAUGGGACUGUUGUGUUUUAAUUAGAAUAAUUCAGUAAAAUAAAAAGUGAAUAUGAAAUAUAUGUUAGAAUAAUGGAUGGUUAAAGUUAUUCAACAAGAAACCAGCGUACCAUCAAAUGGUGACGGAACUGUCUGUAACACUAUGUAACGGCGGUUAAAAUCUUACAUGAGGCAUUAGAUUCCUCAAUAUGCGCCUUUGUUCACGACUACCAAUUAAGAUGAACCCGAGUCUUAGUGCUUCCUGUCCACUGAUUCUUACCAAACAGUAUCAAAACAUAUUGCACAAGCCACUUAAAGUAUUAGAUACAUCUCAACUUGAUCGAUAGAAUUCGAUUACUACUAAGAGCCAAACAAGAAUGAUAACGGUAAUUAUUCAUUAAUCAGUCUGUAAGCUCGUUUAUGGGUUUUAUAUCAUAGAACUUAAAAAUGGUAGCGAGAAUACUUCUAUCUUUUCCAUACUUUUCGUGAAGAAACUACCAGCGAUACGCAAAUCUCUAACUGUUUAUUUUAUUAAAAUGUAUAUCGUUUCUUUUCCUUUGUUAAACGAUAAAGAUUUGAGUGGCUGUCGAAGUGUAGUACAACUGUGUCAUAGCUUAUAGUUUAUAUUUUGUUAUAAAUGCUUGGCCGAUUUUUAUUUUUAUUGAUUGAUUUUUUGGUUUGAUGCAUAGGUAGCUGUAUAGCAAUAUGAUUGACUGACCUUUGAAUCUGUAAAUAUUUUAUUUAAUAUUAUAUAUUGCAUUGAAUAAAGUACAUUAAGUUGACUAUUAUUAUUACUGUUUAGUUUAUAGACCAACAUCUCAGCAAAUUCACUUAGUUGCAACUUCAUUUACUUUUACGUGUAAUUUAAUGUGGUAAGCCGAAUUGUACACUUAGAUCUCUCACAGUAGAUAAGCCGAUUGUACCGUUUUACGCGUCAUCGCAUGAUGUAUAUUUUUACAUAAAUAGUGUACUUUUAGAUUGUUAGAGGUAGUUGAGAGGAAACUCUGAUCCUAGGUUUCAUAUUUUGUAACACUCAUUAACAAUGUGUACCUGAUGGAUCGAUGACGUGCCAUGUAGCUUCACAGUCUGAAAUGUUACUAAUGAGUUAAUCGGUUGGUGACUGACCUCCUGUUAGACUGAAAUACUUUUAAUCACUUGGUCACUUCCCAAUAAUUAAUUGACUGUGUAAUGCACUAUGUGCAUAACCUCCUCCUCUUUCAGUAGAUACUGCCAUGCCACUAUGUGAUAUUGUGCUGUGUGCUACUGAUGUCGACAGAUAUAAGUAGUAUAUAUCAUCAAUCGAAAGUUAGAUGCAUGGCGGCAGACGGUUAAGAAGAUCGAAGAAAAGAGAACAAGUACAGAAUGAUUGGUGUGCAAUCGGAGGAACAAUCAAGUCUAAGACGAUUGAUCGACAUUUUGCAAAUGAAGUAUUUACCGUAUAGUUCUCAGAUUUUGCUAAGAUGUUCCAUAAUUUUGUAGUCAAAUGCAUCCGAUUGUCCCCACUUGUGUUCUCGUUCACUACAUUUGGUAUCGCUGCCAACCAGGAGAUGUGGAAGGGUGCUGUUCAGCGGACGCCGUUGUGGACCAGGAGCUGAGGUGCCAGUUAGGGCGGUCUGGUGCAUAGAGGUUUUUUUUAUUUAUUUUUAUUUAAACACAUAAACAUUUGUACAAGGAGUUGCCAAACAAAUAUGCACCACACAAAUCAUUCGAUUUGUGUGAGGGCUGGGAUACUACCCGGAUGCUGUUGAAGUGCUGGUGCUUGGCGGACAUCGGAUGUAGAUGGCUCAGAAAGUCGCUGGAGCGCAGGUGUUGAACGUCCCAUGUGCUGAGUGUACGUCGAAUUUCGAUUGUCCGGCGGGUCGACGUAUCUAUGCAGGUCAACGCGCCACAGACUCGAAAUUUUGAUGGGGAGCGUGACAUAGACUGCAGAAAAGAAUAAAGUAACACGGCGAGCAGAACCACCGCAAGAACGACUGCUUUGAAGGGAGACGAGUGUGUUGUGUGCUACUGAUGUCGAUAGAUAUAAGUAGUAUGUAUCAUCGUUAGGUUCGUCAAUAUUCUUCAGUAAGUAGUUACUUUGUCUGUUUGUUGGGCCGGUCAUUUCGUGCUAGAGUUUGUAACUACUGGUUAUGACCAAAAUUCACUAUUUCAAAAUCAUAUAUUUCAACACUCAACUAUUAUAAAAUUUGACAUUAUGUAUUUUAAUGUUUAUUUAAACCUUAUAAUGUUUUUAGUUCAUCCUUGGCUAAGAAAAUAUGAGAAACGUUGAGAAAAUUGAUCACCUCUUCUCUUUAACAACUAAAACUUAUUGUAUUACUGGUUUUGCUAUUUGCAUAUGGUUUAUUUUUUAACCAUACAAAUGUAUUGAUUCUUCUUUUUAUAUUUUCCAAUAUCAAUUCAUUUGUUGGCGUGUUUAUUUGUUUUCCUCCACUGUUUGUUAGUUUAUUUCAAGUUUUGUUCUAUUUUAAAUGAACUCUAUUUGUGUAUGUAUUUUUUUAUGGACUUUUGUGAAUUGUCAUUCACCUUGGUUUCCAUUAAUGCUUGUUCAUUUAUUGUAUUUAAGUAUUUCUGUAUAAGAAAUUAAUUAGCUAUAAAUAUUUUUCGGAACAAUUACUAUGUUGUUUCACGAAUAUAUUGAGCUUUGUGAUGAUAUUAAUUUAUUACUAAACGAUAUUUGUAGUGAUUGUCGAAUCGCUUAGUUUACAUCAUUGGCUGACCUUAGAGAAUGAUUAUAAACCAGGAAUCAUGGAAUAUCUGUUUCAUAUUAGUAUGAGACUUUUCAGCAAUGCACAUUCACGAUCAUAUUAAGGAUCAAACCAAAAAAAUUCAGAUCUCAUGACGAGUGAUUAACUGUUAGACUAUUGAGAGGCAGGAUCCAGUGGUUUAAAUUUCCAAGUCCCGUUAAUUCGUAAUAUUGCAUAGCCAUCUUUCAGUUCUGUUGAUAGGUAUUUAGCUGCCUCAUCUGACUUAACUGAACUUCACUAUGUUUUGUCAUUAGAUCUCUUAUAAUUACUUUUCAGAAGUGGUCACUACAUGGUUAAUAAUUUCAUUGUUUCUGUCAGAUUUUUUCUCUACUAACAAUGUAACUGACAUGUUUUUAUCAUAAACUUAUUUGUAUCGUUUCUUGUACAUAAAAUUGAAUUUCUGAUAAUAUUGAACUAUUUAGCUGUGUUUUAAUUUCUAGCUGGUCACAUUCUCUAGUAGUAUUAGAAUAAAUUGUUUUUAACCAGCACUUUUGAAACUUGACAUUAUCUGUCUAUUAAAUUAAUUAUUGUCAUAAAAGAGUAUGUCAUUUAUUUUAUUCACAUUAUUUUAUUUUACUUAAAUUGUUUAUGAGUAAUUUGUUUCUACAAAUAUGUAAUAUUAUUCAUUAUUCAUGUGAUUAGGCCGUUAUGUAUUCUUGUGAGAUUGAAUCAAUAAAUAUACGUCCAGUUUGAUAUGAAUAAACUAACAUACCUUAGGUAGAAUUGUUUUCAUAGCAAACAGAAAAAACAACAACAACCUCUUAUACAUCUUUAUGUGGAAUGUUUACUUUUUCAGAUUCAUGUGAUGAUUUAUUUUAUGUUGAUUUACAUUAGUAUGCAUUUUCAUAGAAUUUACUUUUUAUUUCUGUUUUUAAUGCACUUUCAAUUACGAUUUUAUAAAAUAAUUUUUUGAAUGAUUGAAUUUCUUCAACUUGGUUCACUAAUUUUUCUCACUAAUAGAGCAUUCAGUUCAAAGUUUAGGGGUCUGGUAUUCGUAGACUUUAUAAUUUUUUUUAAAUAACUUAUGAAUGCAAAGUACAAAAACUUUAAAUUCAAGCUUUGAGUAUCAUAAAUUGUAUGUAAAUUUUAUGAAAAACGUGAAAAAACACCCAAGCCCCUAAAUGCCAUGGUAUGGUCGAGAGUGGAGUGGGCCCGCCCUCCCUCUCGAAAUUUCUCACACGGACACGCGUAUACAGCCUCUGCCAGGGAAGUCCUGCUCACUGCCUUCUCGUGGCAGGGGUGUUGUUUACGAAAAUGAGAGGACGAAAAGCGAAUGUCCGGCGCUUUAACCGGAUCCCAAACCAAUGGUGCACAUGGGCUCCAGUAUCCUGCGGGAACGAAUGGCGUAUGAACCAAUCGUUGGUCACCGGCUACCAUGGGACUGCAUCUCCUUACGAUGCUCCACUGCCUCGUGGGCUCGGGGAGUGGCUCCCUAAGAUAACCACCUGGUUCGGUCUGUCACCCAGGCAGUAUCACAGCCCUCACACAUAUCAAAUGAGAUCUGUGUGGCGCAUAUGUAUUUGGUGCUUCCUUGUACCAAUAUUUAUUUUCAAAUAACAAAAAAGGAAACAGAAAACUGAGUCUUUUUAUUGGAUUCGAUGUUAAAUAGCGAAAUUGUGAAAGAAACCCAACAUAACACAUUCUAUAUUAUUAUUGUAGGUCUGUUAAAGCAUAAUAAUCUAGCGAAACAGUAUAAUUAUUAAAUCACUGUUCCAACUUUAGUGUAUAUGUUGUAACUAUCCUAACUUUAUUCACUUGGCACAUCCAAUAAAAUUAAUGUAGAAGAUAUUUAGAGUGUUUUAAUGGGGAAUUUAAUGACUUCUCUAUCGGCUUGUUUGAUGGGAUGAUAUACUCUUUUUUUCAGCUAGUCAUGAACAGAAGGUUCAGGAUUUUCCAAUACGUUACAGCUCAGGGUGACACGAUAUUGAUCGAUAAGUAAUGCGUACUGAUACCCUAUAAAUUUACUGGUACAUUCUCACGAAACCAGAUUACUAUGCGAGCCUUUAGUAACCUGAAUUUGAAAGACAUCACAGUAUAUCAUGAGUACAGGGUUUUUCUAACAAAAUUUAUGCAGAAUAUUGAACCCAAAAGUGUACAUGAUUAAGAGUCAUUUAAAACAGGGAUUUGUAGAAAACAUGUUUUUAAAAUCAUUUAGACGUCAUUGACAUUACUACCUAACUGCUAUUGAUAAUUCUUACUUGUCAUAUAACCUCUAAUGGUUUUCAUUUCAAUAUGUUUUGUUUAACAUUAGUCUUGUAUUUCCGUAAAAUAACUGAUCAUUUUAUGUAGGUGCUCAUGCAUUUCACGUACAAGCAAAGAUGGAUGGUGGUCAGUAGUGCAAUCCGUGAUGCUCGUUUCUCCCUAUUUGGGACUCGUCAACUGGAUAUACCUGCAUCCCAGAGUUGAUGUCCAUUCCGAGACUCGAACCCAGUACCAUUCGCUCCAAACACCAUCGCGUUAUUCACUUAAUUACUGAGUUCUGAUAGCUACUAGCUUGUGCAAUGGGGUGAAGGUUAAAUUCAUUUCGUAUUGUUUGUUUGAUACUUCACAUUGAUGUUUUGAACUACAAUUGAUCAGUCAGUUAUUGGCAUAUGUACAUCCUGUGCGGAUUGCCUCGAUACUGCCUUAAAUCCUGGAUUCCACUGCUAGCCACCAUCCAUCUUUGCUCAUAAUGCUUGUGACUUAAGUCAAUAUCGAGGCAACCCUCACAGGAUGUACAUAUAUUAAUAAGAGUCUGGUCAAUUGCAGUCCUAAACAUCAAUGAGAAGAUUCAAACAAACAAUACAAAAAGAAUUAAAGUAUUUCAGUUACGUUUUUUUAAUUGAACAUAGAUCAGACGAUUCUUCUUUUUAUCCUGUCUGCCACCUCAUAUUUAAAAAUAAAUGAUAUUAUUUGGUUGUUUGAUGAGUACAGGUAGUUGAAGUUAUUUGAUAACCAUAUCUUCGUAAGUCAACAUUAUCUGAAUGUGUAUUCCUAGUUCAGUUGUUGUAAUUCAAUAACUGAAAUGUUCUUACCUAUUACUAUCGAACUCAUCCGUUAAAAUUCCUUUUCUCACUUGUUAUUUUAUUUAUUCAAAGUGUCUAAAACUCACUUCAGACAAAUUACGUAACAUCUACUCUUUUUCCUUCACUUAGUUCUCCAUUUCCUUACGUUUUCUUACUCCAUGUUAAUUUGUCAUUUAGGUACCAUUAAUCUACAGUUCGCUGACGGAUCACAUUAUACUUGGACAAAAGUAACAACAGUUGUUCAUAAUUUAAUUGUUGGUACGAUAUGGAUUGAUAAUUAUGGUGAUGUAACCAUAGAAAAUCAUAAAACUGGUUAUUCAUGUAGCCUGCAGUUUAUCGCUCAUUCUUAUUUUAAUAGAGGACAGUCAAGACGAGUCACAGGUUUUGUGAAAAAUUCAACUGGUGUACCAGUUGCUGUAAUUGAAGGAACGUGGGAUAAUUAUUUAGAAUAUCAACGUUUAUCAAUCGAUAAAAUACCUGUCGGUGAGCCAAUAUUAAUAUGGAAAACUGAUCCAUUACCUUCUAAUGCUUCUGAUAUGUAUCACUUUUCUCGAUUUGCUAUUGAAUUAAAUGAAAUGGAAGAUGGUGUUGCACCGACUGACUCAAGACGUAGACCUGAUCAACGUCUUAUGGAACAAGGAUUAUGGGAUCAAGCAAAUGAAGAAAAAAGGCGUCUUGAAGCGAAACAAAGAAAUAAACGACAUGCAUGGGAGAAAGCAGUUAGAGAAGGUAUUAUUCUGAUGUUGUUUUAAGGCAGAUUUGUAUCAUUUGUUAUUUGCUACAUCAUUUACCAAACCAAACUUGAUCGUCAAGUCACGAAUUCUAACUUUUCUACGUCUGGGACUAAUGAAACAAGGAUAGGUACUUACAUGUUUAAACCAUCAGGUAACAACAUAUAACAUAUGAAAAAUAUCACAAUAAGAUAAUUUAGCAACAUGUCAACUGAUUUCUAAAUGGUAUAAAAUACAAUAUUGAUGGUAAACAGUUCAAUUUAUAAGGAUACACUUCAUUGUUGUAAAUUGGCUUUUUAUCAACAGUCUCUUUAGCACAUGUUUAAUCCUAUAUUACAAUGGAAUUUUCACAUUUACGUGUUUUAUUCCAUUUUCUAGUCUUCUAUCAGUUAACAGUUUAAUGAAUUAGCUAUCUAUCAAUAGUAUUUUGUUCAAAGAACAUGUUUAUGACGGAUCAGUUAUUUAGUUUACUUUACCGCACAGUUUUCUGAUCACUAAUGCAGUAAUAUACUUAAAAAGCAAUCUUAUGUUUUUACUUCAUAACUUGUAAACUGAUUCUAUUUCACUAGUUGCCUGAUUUUUAGAUCUCACACAUAUCAAAUGAGAUUUGUGUGGCGCAUAUGUAUUUGGUGCCUCCUUGUACCAAUAUCUAUGUGUUAAAAUUAAAAUGAAUAAAUAAAUUUUUAGAUAUCACUAAGCGUUAGUAUUUGGACUUUUAGUAACACUGCCUAUUAAUUGUCUUAUAGGUCCGGAAAGAUUUACUUCUUUGAAGAUUCAUCUGUAGUGGGAAAAGUAGAAAAUCUUUCCAUAUUUGUUGUUCGGGCAUGAAAUUAUAUUGUUUAGGAAUUAGGAUAGUGUGGAUUUAAUGUGACUGACUGACGUUUGAUUGAGGAAAAAUUAUUUAUUCGGUUUUUGUAUAAAGAUAAUCGAAUUUCAGGAAUAUAGGUAUUCAACUAUUUUAUCUGUCAUGGAGUCACUUUAGUGUAUGGUUU